AUGGCGGAGCUGGCCGCAGGCGCUGUGAGCUCGCUACUGGGCGUCAUCCGCAACGAGGCGCAACUGCUCGGCCGCGUCGGGCACGAUGUGCAGUUCAUCCGGGAGGAGAUGGAGAGCAUGCAGAGCUUCUUGACGCACCUGUCAAGGAAAGAGCCCACCGACGGCGAGCACGACGAGCAGAUCCGCACCUGGAUGAACCAGGUCAGGCUGCUCGCCCAGGACAGCAACAACUGCAUCGACAUGUACCUGUACCGUGGUAACCCCGAGCUCCAUCUUGCCAGGGGCGGCCUCCGGCGCUACGUCGCGUGGCUUCCCUGGUUCCUGCACAAAAUGGUGGCGCAGCAUCGCGCGGCCAUCCAGCUACGUGUGCUCAGGGAACGGGCACGCGACAUUGGGGAGCGGCGUUUGAGGUAUGGCGUUGAGGUCCCAGCGAAAGGGACGGGAGCGGAGCAGUCACCUACAGGGGCUGGGCUCAUGCCGGUGGCAACAUCAUCAUCGUCGGCAUAUUUGACCCCAUCACCUGCUGCUUCCGGAGAUGAAGAAGAAGACAACGACAGUCAGCUUAUGGUGGGAAUGGCAGCGACUAAGCAUUCUGCUCCAAUAGGGGCAAUUUACCAGCCUCGUACACCGGAGGACAAUGUUAGGGUGAAGUUGGCCGAAUGGAUAAAAUAUGUUGCACAAGGCAACACUUCUAAGGAGAAAUCAAUAGCAUCUAUUGCCAUUGUGGCACCGGAUAAGGAAGAAACCCUCGCUCUUGCAAUGGAAGCUUCGGCUAUCUGGGAUAAACAUGCCACUGGCAGGCGGUGUGUCUUGGUGGACAUCCCAGGAGUGCACUUUUUUCGUGAUUGGCUUCAAUCCCGGGACAUUCUCUACUACAUCCUGUGUGUGCUGCGCCAGCAAGGUCAAGGCCGGGGAGAGGAGGAGCAAGAUCUUGACAAAAGGAAAACAGCUAUUGGCUCAGAAAAAUGGAAGUUGUUUGAUGAAAUAACAAAAAAUAUCAAGAGGAUGAAGCUUGACAACAAGAUUUCAGAGAUCAAGGGUACUAUUACACAAAUAAAGGGCGGCCAGCGGCAGCUCAACCUGGAAGAAAUGAAUGGUGACCAACUAGACCUGUUGAAAUCCUCUAAAGAUGAACCCUUGGGCGUACUCCUCCGAGCCAUGUGGUUGCUGAAGCAAAAGCCAGAUGAUGGUUCGUCUGCUACCAAACCCGUAAACCAAGAAACAAAGGAAGCAACACUUUUAGAGAGGAAAGAAGCAAAACCACUCUCGCAUGAAAAUAUCAUCAAGGAAACAGCCAAGAACCUUAAAAAUCAUAUGGAAGAAAAUGCAGAUGAGAAUCAGAAGCCUAAAGAUCUUACUGAAGAGUCAAGAGCGGAACCAAUUCAUCUCGAGAGAGCCCAUUAUGAACAUAUCCUACGGAUGGUGUUCCCAGUGAAGCCCCUGCAAAUCCGAGAGCAAGACUCCAACCAAGCUACCAUCACUGGAACUACUAUAUUGGCUGAUGACCCAUUUAAAGAAGUAAUCCGCAAGGUCUUAAUGGAGCUGCAGGGUGAUACAUCCAUGAAAAAACUAGAUAAAGCUGAAAUUCAGAAAGACAAAUCCAAGCAACCUGACACACCUGAGUUGAAGGAAUACAACCAGUCCGUAAAGAAACAAGAUGCAACUGCUAGUAAAUCCAAUCUGGAUUGUAUCCCAGUCCCAGAUGCUCUUAUUGAAGAAACCACAAAGAAGAUUGGACAAAUUGAGUGGAGGUUGAAAGAGCAGCUCAAGAUCAAAGGAAUUAUAGACAAAAUUAAUGAUUGUUUGAAGAUACCAGAUAGUCCCAUCUUGGUUAUCCUCAAACUGGAUAAUGACUUCAUAUCCGGAUGGGAAGACACCAAAAAUGCUUUCAACAUGUUUGGUCGCAUAGCAGGUGCACUGAUGUUGAAAACCACAGAAUAUGCUACACGAGCCAAGGAAUAUUGUUUUCCGCCACAGGAGCCUAUAGACUAUUCUCUUCUUGGCCUCUACCGUGACACUGCAUUCGAGCUUACAAAAAAGCAGAUUACUGAAGAUAGCGCCAAGAUUCUGCUUGACAUCUUGGACAAAUGCAAGUCACAUGAAUUAUGUAUGAAGAUCUUCGUUCAUGCUUUGUAUGCCAACCCAAAAAGGAGCAAUGAGGAGCUACGUAAGUUGCAUGGAACCCUGCAACAGGUUUCAGACAACUCAUUGGACAACAUUGCUAAGAAGAUUUUAAAGUUCUCUUAUGGUGAUCUUCCUAAGGAAUACAAGUCUUGCUUGAUGUACCUGGCUAUUUUCCCUCGACAACAAGCCAUCAAGCGGUCGACCUUGAUAGGACGGUGGGUUGUAGAAGGCCUCAUAGCAAAGGAAGACUGGGCCAGUUCUGUGCGUCAUGCCAAUCGAUGUUUUGAUGCACUUGUCAACCGGUGGCUUGUUUAUCCUGCUGACAUUGGAGCUACAGGUCAUGCAAAGAGUUGUGUGAUAGGUGAUCUAGUUCAUGGAUUCAUUACCAAGAUUGCCAGAAAACAGCGCAUAGUGGAAACACGCCUAUCACAUCACUUGGCUCGCCACUUCUCCAUUUUCAAUGAUCUCCGACUCCGUGGCUCUGACAGAAUCGAUAGAUUCUUCCAAAAGCUCUAUGAAGAAUCAUCUCGAGUAUCUCUGAUAAAGGUGUUAGAUCUUGAUGGUUGCCAAUGCUUUGGAGGGAAGAACCAAAGCUACCUUAAGGACAUAUGCAACACAAUGUUACUGCUCAAGUAUCUGAGCCUAAGGGGAUCAAAUGUUACCCAUCUGCCAAGUGAAAUCAACAACCUCCGUGAACUGGAAGUACUGGAUAUCCGAGAGACCAAGGUGCACCCAUCUGCAACGGUAAAUGUUUUACUCCUGAAGCUCAAGCGUUUGCUAGCUGGUCGACUUGUUCAGAGUUUAGGGUCAAGCAGUACUGCACUAUCUAGUGUUGAAGUUCCUGACAAAGUAGAAAAAAUGUUAAGCAUGGAGGUAUUGUCCAAUAUCAAGGCACGGAAUAGACAAGAUUUGAAAGAUAUUGGAAAACUGUGGCAGCUAAGGAAGCUUGGUGUGGUUAUUGAACACAAGGACUCACACUUCAAGAAUUUGCUUCGAGCUAUUAGUGAUCUGCAUGAGUGCCUCAAGUCUCUGUCAAUCACUCUUCCCAUGGUAGAUGAAGACCCUUCCAACCAAGAGUUCACAGAAUGGAUUCUUGAACGCUAUAAAGACUCUCCCAAGCUUCUUGAGAGCCUAAGCAUUGUUGGAACCCCACAAACAGUGCAGCUUCUUCGGUUGUUGACCAAAGAUAGUGGCCAACUCCAUCUUGCCAAGGUAACUUUAUCUGGUACCCAUAUGACGCGGGAUGAUCUUGAGGUCCUUGCCAAGCUACCCAAGUUAAUUUCUGUCAGGCUCCGACACAAGGCAUACAUCGAUAGGAAGCUCACUUUCAAGAAGGAGGAAUUUAAGAAUCUCAAGUGCUUUCUUGUUGAGGAUUGUAACAUUACUGACAUCAACUUUGAAGGUGGAGCUCCUAAGCUUGAGAAGAUCAUCCUUUCCUCCAUUGAUAGCCUACAGUAUAUUUAUGGAGUUGAAGGACUUUUAGAACUGAAGGAAGUCGAGUUGAAGAACAACACCAAGCUUUCAUUAUUUGACAAGGCCAGAAACAUAUCCAAGGUGACUCUUUGUCGUACCAUUCUGAGUCAAGAUGAGGUACAAAUUCUGGCCAAGAUAUCUAGCAUGCGCACCCUAGUACUCAAGGAGACAUCUUAUGUACAAAACCAACUUAUCUUCUACAAAGACGACUUCCCAAGGCUCAACCUUCUUAUUGUCGACUUUUCUGCCAUUCCCAAUGUUAGCUUUACUGGCGGAUCUGCUACUAGGCUCGAGAAAAUCAUCUGGUCCUUCACGAUGGGUACUAUCUCCGGCAUUGACAACCUUCCAAAACUGAAGGAGUUCGAGUUCAAUGGUGAUUUUGUCCCCAAUCAGGUGAAAGAAGCAAUUAACAAACAUAAAAACAUUCCCAAGCUUAUACACAACAAACCAGAAAACCAAUACAAAGAAGCGGGAAACAUACAGGAAAAGAAAGAUGUUACAAGAUUCCCAUUCUGCUGGAAGAGACAGGAUUGAUGUUGGGGAAGCAAUACAUAUUAUCCAUUCAUCAUUGAAUCCCAUACCAUGGUUGGUUUGUGUGUGCUUUUGGUUUGUCUUAUUUGUGUGUUUCUAUGUAUGUAAAAUGACUGAGUGUAUGUCCCUGCUACUUACUUUGCAUGUGUGCCCUGUAACUACGAUUGAGCAUAUGUAAUGGUGUGUACAUGUGUGCCCUGUAACUACGAUUGAGCAUAUGUAAUGGUGUGUACAUGUG